AAAAAAAUGGCUAAAUGUUUUUUAAGGUAAUUGUACACAUCCGGUCUCGAACUCGUGUGUCCGGAUGCAAACGGGACGAUAUCCCUCUUGACUCCCCUUGCGCGUCUUUGACAUAUCCUGCCAUGAGCGGAAGUGUCUGGGAUUCUGCUCAAUCCAUCCAGCUCCAAAUCAGUCGUUUGUAAAAGGAGACGGGCCGAAAACACGUCUGCAUCUCUUCCGACACCAUCACCACCACCAUCAACCCGGGCGAAGCACCGUUUAAUGUAGCUAUAUAUAUAUACAUACACACAUAUCAGCACGGGACAUGCUCUAUCGGGUCUACGCAAUCGACGUGAACGCCUGCCCGGACACAGGAGAGGAUUAAGUUACUGUUGACUGGCGGCGGAUUAAUUUUAUUGGCCUCCCUCCCCUCCUGUCACGCCCGAGUCUUUGGUGAUCCAUUUUCCAAUUAGGGAGAGGUUUCUGUUAAACCAGACAUGUCUUUCAGACGAGGUGUGGUCAGGCAGAGUAAGUUCCGGCACGUCUUCGCCCAGGCGUGGAAAGCCAAGCACUGCAUCGACGAUGUCCGAGUGUCCCGCGUGACGUGGGACAGUCCCCUCUGUGCGGUCAACCCCAAAUUCAUCGCCGUCAUCAUCGAAGCCGGCGGAGGAGGAGCCUUCCUUGUUGUUCCCAUCAGCAAGAGCGGCAGAAUCGAUCAGUCCUGUCCCACCGUGUGCGGCCACGCGGCCCCGGUGCUAGAGAUCCAGUGGUCUCCUCAUGAUGACAACAUCAUUGCAAGUGCCUCAGAGGACUGCACAGUGAAGGUGUGGCAGAUCCCAGACGAGGGCCUGACAAGUCCAAUGACUGAAGCCAUUGUGACCCUGGAGGGACACAGUAAAAGAGUGGGGAUCCUGGCUUGGCACCCAACUGCCUUUAACAUCCUGUUGACUGCAGGCUGCGAUAAUGUGAUUUGUGUGUGGAACGUGGGCACUGGGGAGCUUGUGUACCAGCUGACUGAUGCCCACCCGGACCUGAUCUACAGUGUCAGCUGGAACAAGGAUGGCAGUGCUGUGUGCACCGUCUGCAAGGACAAGGCUCUGCGUGUCAUCGACCCGCGAAGGGGCACCGUCCUCAAGGUGAAAGAGAAGGUCCACGAUGGCACCAGGCCAAUGAGAGCUGUGUUCCUCUCAGAUGGGAAGAUUCUUACCACAGGCUUCAGCCGUAUGAGUGAGAGACAGCUGGCAUUGUGGGAUACGAAAGAUCUCUCUGAGCCAAUGGCAGUACAGGAGAUGGAUACGAGUAAUGGGGUUCUUAUACCUUAUUACGACCCUGACACAAACAUGGUCUACCUGUGUGGAAAGGGGGACUGCACCAUCCGGUAUUUUGAAGUGACAGACGAAUCUCCGUACGUCCACUUCCUCAGCUUGUACAGCAGUAAGGAGCCUCAGAGAGGUGCAGGAUUUCUUAGUAAAAGAGGUGUGGAUGUCAACAAGUGUGAAAUCGCCAGGUUCUACAAACUCCAUGAAAGGAAAGUGGAACCAAUUUCUAUGACUGUACCACGAAAGUCAGAUCUGUUCCAGGGAGACCUUUACCCGGACACAGCUGGCUUGGAGCCGGCUCUCCUGGCUGAUGAAUGGAUUUCUGGGCAGGAUGCACCACCCCUGUUGGUGUCUCUGAGCGGUGGGUACACAGCCCCUACAUCCAAGCACAGAGACACCCUCCGAGGCAAACCCCAGCUCGUUUCGCAGGACUCUGGGACUGGGGCUGCCUCGUCCUCAGCAGGCAGUGUAGCAGCUCCCACAUCGACGUCUACCUCUGCUGCCAAGGAGACAGAGGAAGAGGUGCCACAGCCGCGAGUAUCCACGAAGGAGACAGAUGGAAACGCUGAGAGGCCGAAGAAAGAGGACGAUCUCUUGAACGAGUUGCUCGCAGAAAUGAAGGCUCUGCGUGCCGUCGUCCUCGCUCAGAGCCAGAGGAUCGAGUUGCUGGAGAGGCAGCUGGCUCGGAUCGAAGAUGGGGAUGUAUGAACGAGGACGGAGAACCACUACAUUCGGAGGGCAUUCUUACUAAGUCCAUAGACCAUAGCCUUACUAGAAUCAACAGCACCUUUAAGCUGUGCGAGCGGGAGAAUGUAGUGAAGGGUAGCGACGAACUGUGAAUCACGGUGUCUUACAACAGGUCGACUAUUGUUUGAUUAAUGAAAAACCAGACCACAAUUUGUUUCUGUGAUUGUUUUCCAAACUAUGGCUGACAACGGGGUGUCAUCUGCAUAGAGUGAUUUCUGACAGUGAGAUAAUGUUUUGUUCUUCAUAUGAUGGAGUAUUGUAGCAGCUAUUUGGUGGUGCAUGUAGUGCAGCUUCGAGCUUUGCAAAAUUCUCGUGUUAAUUUUGAAGGGCUUCGAAGGAGUCGCAAUGGUACCAUUGCCUCAAAUUAAUGCACAAAGUAGUGAUGAGCAUUAUAUAAAAGCUAAUGAAGGUCGACAUACUAUAGCAAAGCGAUUAAGCACCUCCAAUAUGAUUUUUUUUUUCUAUGAAGCACUCACAAAUGUAACCAUUAGGGCUAUUUAAUCAGGUAGUUAAAGCUGCUAAACUGUGAUGUCAUAUCAGACCCCCAAUUGUUAACUCAUUGUGUGACUUGUGUAUUGUUUUAAUACUUCAUCAUAGGACGCCGUGUGUAAGGUCAACAGUAGGAAAAUCUUCUGGUACACAAGUCAUGACCGUGACAGUGAGAAUUAUGUGAAUAAUAGUUGACGAGAGUGUAGUUGAAUAUUUAUGUGUAUCGUAAUUCUGUCGUCUUUGCAGUCGAUGAAAAGGUAACACUUUGUGAUUUCGUACCUCAUGUUAUCAGGAGAGGGCGGCGGCUUUGAAGGUUUCUGUAACACCAUGAUACAAGAUGUUUGUCCACAUUAUCAUCAAGAUGUAAAUAAUUACCUUUCCUUUUCGUUGACAUUUGUUGGAAAGUCUGCGGUAUCUGGUGCCGAGAUCUGAAAAAAACUGAGAUCUGGGGUCUGGUUAUUUUUGCAGAGCAGCAAACUUUACACUUUUUAUUCAUCAAGAGAGCAGUGCGCUAAAAUCUGGAGCGGCCACAGCACAUAGAAAUGUUAACUAACACUAGUUGCAAAUUGCAAUUUCACUAAAAUAAAACACAGAUCAGUACUUGAGUGCAACCACACAAAAAAAGAAAAGUUACAGUCAAAUGUGAAACAUUUUCUACAGUUUGCAGUGACAUUUGUAUUUGCGAUAAACAAAAUUAUUCCUUUUUUUAUUUUCGUUUUUUGUUUUUCUUCUGUUAACCUCUCCAUCAGUCAUUGAUUGUGUAAUAAUGGUACAUUCCGCAUCAAGCUUAUCCCUUUAUUACUUUGUUCCUUUAUGCACUUAACCUUGAACACUAACUGUAAAACCAGUAGCAGGUUAAUUGAGACUACAUUGUGAAAACCCAAUAAACAUUCAUUCACCUUUGUACUAAA